AUGAGGAAAAUUCCUGACAAGUCAUGGAUAGAUAUCCCUAGGAUUGAACGGUUUCGCGAUCGACGUUAUAGGGAUGGAUGUGAAGCCUUCAUGAAGUAUGGCGAAAUGAACCCAAAUAAUUUAAGUAGCGGUACAAUGUACUGCCCCUGUUAUAUAUGUAAGAAUAUGAAGCUGAAAAAUAGAGAUGAAAUACGAAGUCACUUAGCAAACUCUGGAUUUUACGCUGAAUAUAAAUAUUGGUCCUACCACGGGGAAGGCCAUACUGAAAUUGAAGUACCAGAUGUGCAUGUUGAUGCCAGUCAUGCUCUUGAUAUAGAUGAUACAGAAAAUUUACAAACUGAAGGUGGACCUAGCCAUACCGAAUACGAUAUUAACAAUGACAGUGAAGAUGAUAUCGUAGAUGAUGUCCAAGAUGCAACUGAGAUUCAAGAUGUUGAUGACCCAGAAGGCUUUGGAGAUGCUCAUAUUCCUGAGGACUUGGAUCGUAUAAUGAAACUACUGGAGGACAGUGAAGAGGAUCUGUAUGAGGGUUGCACCGAGUACUCCAGAUUUUCAUUUAUGUUGGAGCUCUUGCAUAUUAAGAACCUCAGUGGAAUGGCAAAUACUUAUUUCGAAAUGCUUCUUGAUUUGUUGCGGAAGGUAGUUCCAGGAGGAGAGCGUAGCAUUCCAAAAAUAACUUAUGCGGCAAAGCAAAUAGUUUCCGAUUUGGGGCUUGAUUACAAUAAAAUUGAUGUGUGUCCUAAUGAUUGUAUUCUCUACUAUAAGGAUAAUAAAGAACUUCAGGAAUGUCCAACAUGUGGAGUAUCUCGAUGGAAACAACGCACCCGCUCUUCAACAAGGCGGACAACAGAGUCAGUGUACAUGCAGAGCAAGAUUCCAGCUAAGGUGCUUCGCCAUUUUCCAUUAGUUUCUAGAUUGCAACGUCUGUAUAUGAACAAAGACACCGCUAAGAGCAUGAGAAAUGUCAGACUUGGGCUUGCUAGCGACGGAUUCAAUCCGUUCGGGGUUAUGAGUUCAGGUAAGCAUGCACCAGGUAAUAAUAUUGAUGUCUACUUAGAGCCCUUAAUUGAUGAGCUAAAACAGUUAUGGUUGGAAGCUUAUGCUAAUCUUUCUGGUUGGUCUACAAAAGGCAAGUUUGCUUGUCCAGUAUGUGGUCCAGAAUUUGAAGGCCUUCACUUACCAUAUAGUCGAAAAUGUUGUUAUUGGUUCAACAGGAGAUGGUUGCCCUCGGGCCAUAAAUACAGAAAAUUAAGCAAUAAGUUUGAUGGCACUGUUGAGACUAGGAAUAAACCACGUCAAAUGACCGGUGCUGAUAUUGUAAAGUUGCUUGAGCAUCUUCCAAAAAUAAGAUUUGGUAAGAACCGAUAUUCUAAGUACGACUCACUCAAGGUUAGAGGCUCCGGGAAAAAGAAAAAGACACUGAAGAGGAAGAGAGCAAUCCAACGGGCAUAUGUUGAUAAUGGAGUCGAUAAAUUACCAAAGGGAUGGAGUAAAUUCAGUAUCUUCUUCCAGCUACCAUAUUGGCAAAAGCUUAAAAUCAGGCAUAACUUGGAUGUCAUGCAUAUUGAGAAAAAUGUUUGUGACAACAUAGUUUCAACCCUCCUUCAAGAUCCUAAUAAGUCAAAGGAUGACCUAAGGGCUCGUCAAGACUUAGCUGCAUUGAAUAUACGAGAAGAGUUGCAAGAACAAGAUGUUGGUCUUAAGAAAAAACAUAAGCCUUCCUCUCGUGUUACGAUGUCGACAGAGCAGAUGCAGAGAUUUUGUGAGGUCCUCAAAUCAGUAAAGUCACCAGAUGGGUAUUCAUCUAAUAUAUCAAAUAAUGUUCAGGUGCAGGAGAGGAAACUCUUAGGCCUAAAGACACACGAUUAUCAUGUUCUUCUACAUCAAUUACCCAUUGGUUGCAUUGCGUAA